AAGGGAGACCGGGUUCCUGGUUGGCCCAGGAGUUGGAAGGUAGCAGCACUACUGCACGUCGUACCCCACCUCGAAAUCAGUCAUUCAGAGUCUGUCCAUGCAUCCGAAGACAUCAUCGCUUCCACCCGAUUCAGUUUCUAUUGUCGUGUUGACUGUGUUGGUGAACUUGUGUGUUUUUAGUGUGUUAUGCUAGGGCUGAACUCGGAAUCUAUACCAUAAGGGCAAAAAUGCCGAGCAGUGGAAGCGGCGGGGAAGAAGGAAACCGGGAGGACGGAGGAGGAGCGACUAGAUCCUUGGGUCCGUACCUCAUGCACAGGGACUCCGCCUUCGUUCCCGUUAUGCCUUCCAGGAGCGUCCGGCUUUACGGAGCCCCGAGCGACGAGCUGGUCGCGAUGAUGGCCGACAAAAGAAAAGAACUGGCCCUGCACGCUCUGCUCCCUCCGCCACCGGCUUAUCCACUGUUUCCGGGUGGCUCUGCUCCUCCGACUUUUCCUUUCCCACCGCCCUCCGCGUCGAUGUUUCCACCGGCUCCGAAUCCGGCCCGACUCCUCAGGGCCCCCGGGAGGGCUGCUCGGCCAAAGAAACAAUUCAUUUGCAAAUUCUGCAACCGACAGUUUACCAAGUCUUAUAAUCUGCUCAUCCACGAGAGGACCCAUACUGACGAGCGACCCUACUCUUGUGAUAUCUGCGGUAAAGCUUUCAGACGGCAAGAUCACCUUAGGGAUCACAGAUACAUCCAUAGUAAAGAAAAACCGUUCAAAUGCGGAGAAUGCGGAAAAGGAUUUUGCCAAUCUAGAACGUUGGCCGUCCACAAGAUCCUGCACCUGGAGGAAUCGCCCCACAAGUGUCCAGUCUGUAGUCGCUCAUUCAACCAGAGGUCGAACUUGAAAACCCAUUUGCUCACCCACACGGAUCACAAGCCCUACGAGUGCGGAUCGUGCGGGAAGGUUUUCAGGAGGAACUGCGACCUCAGGAGACACGCUUUGACACACGCUGUGGGUGACGUGCCGCCGGACGUCAUCUCCGAUUCACCCGAAAACCUCAGCGGAAGGGACGGCGACAGUUCGAGGAGCGGAUCUCUGGAAAGAUGCGAACCCCUUUCCUACAGACGAUCCUCCCCUUCGCCGAGACGGGAAACUUCUCCGUCGCCUGGUCCGUCUUACAGGAUGCACUCUCCUUCUCCUAUUCCUAUGUUUAGACGGCCUUCUCCCCGCCCUCCUUCGCCACGGAGAAGAUCUCCCUCGCCGCAGAUCAAAUGCCACCACCCGACCGAAAACUACACUAUGAGGCCACAGGUGACGGUCAGGAAGGACCUGAUCGCGCCAGGAACGUCCCACGGCUCUUCCGUCUUCAGGAGACCAGCGCCGGAACCCCCCGACAUUGGGUGCUCGUCCUGGGUCAAAAGGGAAGAUAUCCCGCAACCGGGUCCUUCGGAUCAACAACAACCUCCUGCUCCUCCUCCCGUCCCGCAUCCGCCACCUCCCCCUGUCAAAAAACAAGGAUUCAGCAUAGAAGAAAUUAUGAGGCGCUGACGACUUUUCAUGUGAUAUUCUCACAACCUUCGUACGCUAGUCCUUAACGCAAGCUCAGGGGGCCAUAAGUCAAAAAUUAUAAACGUGAAAUAUAACAACAUAUCAACGAAAGAAAGAAAAAAAUCCUUAUUACUUCCGUGUGGUUAUUUUUCAUUAUAGCAUUUAAGCGACCACCCCGAGGUAAUAAUCCUAUUUCUUUAAUAUGUCCCCCUAGCUUUAAAAAAAAAAGUGGUUCUUCAUUAUUUCAGAUUUUUCUGUUUAUUAAUGACCUUCCAGGCUGCAACAAGUGACCAGCAUCAACCGUCGGUUGGCAUACAUCUAAUAUAUUACAUGUACAUAAAAUUAUUUUUUGUUGAUUAUGCACACUUUGUGGACUUUGUUUUUGGACUAUAGCGGUGAUCUCACAUAGCGACGAAAGUCGAGUUUAUAUUGACUUAAUUUUGUUCAAUUUUUUUUUAGUAAUCAUGUAUAUAUGCUAUUAAUGCAUGUUAAUAUGUAAAAUUAUUCAACGUUUCAUUCGAAACAGUUAGUUUGGAAUAAAUGUGUAUAUGUAAGAGGAAAUUGUGAAUUGAAAAUCAUUCGUUCAAUACAGAUCAAAUGUAUUGUUUAUUUGAUCACUCUCACAGACUUUGCAACAAUGGAAACAAAAAAAUAUACAUACAUAAAUCAAUUCAAAUAUAGUCAAAAUCAUAUUUACUUUGCCCUAACUUAAUGUUUUAUUUGAAAAAGUACAAAAAAUUAUUAACAAAACAAAGGCAAUUAGAAUGUGCACUUGCCCAUUUAUAAAUAAAUAAAUAAAGAACGAGAGAUUCUCAAGUUAUUGGGUGAAUGUCCCAGUACGGUAUCAACAAUGUUAUGUAUUUUAUGUUUAUGUUUAAAUAGACCAACGCUUUUAAAUAAUUUAUGUAACUAUUAUACUGCAUAUGUAUAUACUCCAUAUAUGUAUAUGCACUGAAUUCUUUCUCGCUUGAACGGCGAGUGUUUCUUUUUGUUCGUUUUAAAUUGCACAAAUACAAAGAUUAUAUGUAAUAUUUACAUCACCUGUAUUUUUAUUAGAGAAAGGUGUAAAAUGGCAAUUUUUUAAAAUGAAAAUAUGUAUAUGAGCAUAUUUAUAGAUUAGUUUAAUAAUCUUGUUAUUAUUAUUUUUAAAGUUUGAUUCAUUCAGAGUUUAGAGCUCCAGGUGCAAAAGAUGCCUUGUAAAUAGAAAUAAUCUGUCGUAAAUCAGAAAAAUUUAACAUGUAUUAUUUUUUAUAAAGAAUAAAUUUAAGAUAGUUUU